AUGUCACCGUCUACUCCUCCAGAGGCGCAAUGGUGGAAAGAAGCAGUCGUCUACCAGAUCUACCCGGCCAGCUUCUUGGACUCGGACGCCGAUGGGCUUGGUGAUCUGCCAGGCAUCAUCUCGAAGCUCGACUACAUCCAGUCGGUAGGAGCCAGUGCCAUCUGGCUGUCGCCCAUCUUCAAGAGUCCUCAGUAUGACAUGGGCUAUGAUGUCUCAGACUAUCGAGACAUUCACCGCCCUUAUGGAACCGUCCAAGACGUCGAAACCCUGAUCCAAGGCUGCCACAAAAGGAGCAUCAAGAUUCUUCUAGACCUCGUCGUCAACCACACCAGCCACGAACACGAAUGGUUCCGAGAGUCACGCUCAUCAAGAACCUCCCCCAAGAGAGACUGGUACUUCUGGCGCGACCCCAAAUUCGAACCAGACGGCACGCGAAAGCCACCCAACAACUGGGCUUCCAUCUUCGGCGGCAGCGCCUGGGCAUGGGACGAGGCCACGGGCCAAUACUACCUCGCCCUCUUCCUACCCUCGCAGCCCGAUCUAAACUGGGCCAGUAAGGACAUGCGCCGCGAAAUUUACGCCGACAUGCAGUUCUGGCUCGACAAGGGCGUCGACGGCUUCCGCAUCGACUCUAUGAAUCUCAUGUCUAAGCACCCGGACCUCCCCGACGCGCCCAUCACGCGGCCCGGUGACGAGUUCCAGCCGGGAGACAAGUAUUUUGCCAGCGGCCCGCGAAUGCACGAGUACAUCCGCGAGAUGCGCAGCGAAGUUUUGGACAAGUACGACUGCAUGACUGUUGGCGAACUGGGCUUCACCAAGGACGAGGCGAGCGUGGCGAGUUAUGUUGCCAAGGACAGGCAUGAGCUCAAUAUGCUCUUUACCGGUGACAUUGUCGACAUGGAUUUCGGAGUCAACCACAAGUAUGAGCGAGACGACUUCCGGCUCUCCAAGCUCAAGGCCAUCACCAACCGGUGGCAGAACGCCAUGCCCAAAUUCGACGGUUGGAACUCAGUAUACAUGGACAAUCACGACUCCGGUCGCUCCCUUUCCCGGUACGGAUCGGAUCUACCCCAGUAUCGGGAGGACGCAGCCAAGAUGCUGGCCAUCUACCUAGGGACGCUGAGCGGCACGCUGUUUCUGCUGCAGGGCCAAGAGAUUGGCAUGGCGAAUGCGCCGAGGUCGUGGACCAUUGACGACUACAUUGAUGUCGAAGGCCUAAAUUACUACAACAGCGAGCUCAAAAGGAGAGGUCGUGGUGCUGACAUGUCCGAUGUCAUGAGGGAGAUGAGGCUCAAGGCACGCGACAAUGGAAGGCUGCCCAUGCAAUGGACGGCAGAGAAGAAUGGCGGGUUCACGGAAGGAUCCAAGCCUUGGAUGCGCGUCAACGAUGACUUCGACGAGUGGAAUGUCGCGCAGAUGGAAAAGGAUGACAACAGCGUGUUGGCUUUCUGGAGAGAGGUCCUGGCGUUGCGACAGAAGGAGAAAGAUGUUUUUGUGUAUGGGCGGUUCGACGAAUUGCCCGAGUAUGAGAAGAGUGAGCAUGUUUUUGCAUACACCAUGACAAGCUACGAUGGGAGAGUGGCACUGGUCUUGCUGAACUUUUCGGACAAGGAACAAAAGGUUGAGCUGGAGGAACAUUCCAACUCCAAGUGGACGAGGUUGCUCGGGAAGAAUAUUGAGACUAUUGAAGCCGGCCGUGUUCAGCUCGGGGCUUACGGGGGAGUGGUUUAUGCGGGCUGGUGA